UCUGAGUAAAUAUCGGUGAAUAUCAAAACGGGAAACAUGGAACGCUGGCAGAAUCGCGUGGCCGUCGUCACAGGCGCCAGUUCGGGAAUCGGAUCGGCCAUAGCCAAGGAUCUGGUUCUGGCCGGGAUGACGGUGGUGGGUCUGGCCCGUCGCGUCGAUCGGGUCAAGGAGCUGCAAAAGGAACUGCCGGCGGACAAGCGGGGCAAACUGUUUGCCCUCUACUGUGAUGUGGGCAGUGAGAGUUCCGUGAACGAGGCCUUCGAUUGGAUCAUCCAGAAACUGGGUGCCGUCGAUGUACUGGUCAAUAACGCCGGAACCCUGCAGGCGGGUCUCCUGGUGGACAUGAAAGCGUCCGAUAUGCAGCAGGUUCUGCAGACCAACAUCAUGGGCAUCGUGAUGUGCACCCAGCGAGCGGUGCGUUCGAUGCGGGAGCGCAAGUUCGACGGCCAUGUGGUGCUCAUCAACAGCAUCCUGGGGCACAAGACCAUGUCGGCGAUGGAGGGUGUGGUGCCGGACGUCAACGUCUAUCCGCCCAGCAAGCAUGCGGUCACGGCCCUGGCCGAAGGAUACCGCCAGGAGUUCCUUGGCCUGGGCACACGCAUCAAGAUUACGAGCGUCAGUCCGGGCGUGGUGGACACGGAGAUCCUGCCGGACAGCAUCAGGGAGGCCAUUAGGGACCGCAUGCUCCACUCCGAAGACAUCUCGCAGGGGGUGCUAUAUGCCAUAGCCACGCCCCCACAUGUCCAGGUGCACGAGCUGACCAUCAAGCCCCUUGGAGAGACCAUGUAGAAAACUCCUGAAAUCGUGUAUUUUUUUUCUAAAUAUUUUUUUCCCUAGCUUAGAAGCUUGUUUCACAUGUGUAUUACUUAAAGCACAACUUGCUUUCCUUUAUUUUCAAUUUUAUGAUAGAAUUGAAUAUUUAAUUUUGUAUACACACGUCACAAUAAAAUGUUUGUUUAACCCA